AUGGGAUACCAAGAUAUCUUGAUACCGCGACCGCGUCUCGAAAAGUCUUGGGCAGGUCUUGCCCGUAUCAGGCUCGAUCAGCUUGAUGCUGCCGUCACCAAUGCAGCCAACAGCGAGUACACCAGUAACAUUUACUUCAAUUCAUGGCAGAACGGUUUCGAAUCGGAUCUAUUCAGGGAAUGGUACGACAACGGCGCGCCGGUUUUAAACGUCCUCGACGCGCUUGCUUCAAUUCAGCUCUCGACUCCGCAGCAGAUGUGGGCUCAUAAAGAAGAAAAGCCUUACAUCUCCAUUUACAACCACACGUUCGAUUUUGCACGGUCCAUGGAAUUGGAAAUCAAGAAAAGUCUUUUUCAGUCGACAAUGUCUGGUGAAGUAGGAGGUCGGGACCUUCCAGGGCUGGUAUCUUCAGCCUUGCAAAAUAAUGACACUGACCUUUUGGAAAAGAUCUACUGUCGUGAAGGGUCAAAACAAAUAGCGUUAUUUGAUCAACAGCGCCUAGGCUUUUCGGUCUUGCAUACUGCUAUUGAACACUCAUCUUUGGAUUGUCUCGGGCUUUUACUCCAAUGGGGAUUUGACCGUAACGCUCGAGACGAACACGGUAUGGCGCCAAUACACAUGUGUUUCGAGGAUCAGGGUUUCGAGGAUGGCCGUGAGCUUUUGCGUGUUCUGUUGAAUCAUGGCUCAGACUCUCUCGCACUAGACGACAGAGGAGAAACAGUGUGGCACAUUUACGCUCGCCGAGGCAUGUAUCGGAUGCUUAAACUGAUAAUCCAGCAAAAGGAGCGGGACUCUGCCCUUCUUGCAGUUUCUGAAUCGGGUAAUACUCCAGUCUGCAGUGCCUUGAUUCAGGGGAACCGAGAAACGAUAGAGUUGCUACUUGAGUUUUGCGACAAAAGGGAACAUUGGAAGUGCUCGGAGCCUAUUUACCUCGCCGCAGCGAAGCUUGGAUCUGCUAAGGUUGUUCAGAAGCUUAUCGACAUCGGGGUUCAGUACGCCGAGAUUGACGAGAAUCAGGGAAAUCCUCUGUACUGGAUCAGCCUGACGUCCGAUCUCAAGUGCAUAGAGAUUCUGAAAAGUCUCUUCUCUUCAGAGCAGCGCCGGAAGUCGGAUUCACGAACGCCGUUUGAGUCGCUAUUGUUGAGGACGGUCACGGGAGCCGGGACUCGGCUACAAGACGUGAGCGUUACCAUGGCCCUCCUUCCAGAUGGCUUAGUGUCCAGUUCCAAGCGCUUUGGUACCCUCUGGCCCUUUCUGUGGGCCGAGGUGGUUCCCAAAGCAAUGUCAUAUGGCUCAAUGUCACAUAGCUACGCGCUUGAACCGUUCGACGAGCUCUUCACUCGGUUACUGGAAAAGGGAAUUGCAAGAGCCUACGAAGAACAUUUUGCCGGGUCCGCCUUGGAACCCCUUGCACAAGGCGUCUGUCGUGAUACAAUUUCAAGACUCAGUCAGUUGACUUGCAAGGAUCCAGCGCAGAAUCCUUUGCCAGCCUACUCUGGUUGGAACUGGCUUUCCCAAACGUUUCAUGUUGUUGCAGAUGAUGCAAAGCAUACAGAAAAGUUAGCUAAAAAUACUAUCAUGGCGCAGCUCCUAUGCGAAGCCAUCAUUCAUGGAGAUGGGAAUUUGGCGAAACUGCUUCUGAAACUUGGUGUCGACUGCCAUAUCCAAGCUGGUAGGAUAACAUCCUUCGAGCUUGCAUGCUUGCCUGGGGUGUCCAAAGAUGAGCAGCUUCUGAAACAUUUCCUGGAGCACGCAACGCCUGAACAUUUGGCUAGAGUCGGCUCCUUCAAUGGUCUCGGUCCUUUUCACCUUACCGCUGGCUUACGUAGAUGGAGAAAAGGCCAGCAUGCAUCUAUUGGCAAGCUCAAAUGUCUCUUAGCUACUGGUGCUAGCCCAAACUUACCUUCAUCUUAUUUAACGCCCAUGACUUAUCAUAUUGAUCGUUGUUCCAUGGAAACCGCAGAAGCUCUCCUUGAUGCUGGAGCUGACCCAUGGCUUCGAGUUCCAGAGUCAUGGGAUAGUGUUUUGAUGGCAAUUCAGUCACGGAAUUGGACGUUCUUGACAAACGUGUCCGAUCACUCCACCUUGAAGAAACAUCCACCAAAAUGGAACCAAACCUGGACCCUAUCUCACCGUUCUGGAAAUUGGUUCAAGACUGCAAAUGCGCUUCAUUUAGCCGCCCUCGUUGGUGAAGUCGACGCCGUUGAGUUUUACUUAUACAAGCAUCUCUUGACAGACUUGAACGCUAGGGACUCAGAUGGACAAACACCAAUGCACUAUGCUGUCUGGGCUGGACUUGCGUUUGUCAUUCAGUACUUGGUGAAGCGUGGUGGAAAUGUUCAUGCUGAAUCCAGAUCAGGGAUGACUCGACUGAACUUAGCUGUCCGGGAAGGGCACAGUGAGUGUGUAAGAGUCCUUCUGAACCACGGUGCUGGACAGAAGAUGGGUCAUAUUGACAAGUCCCCUUUUGUUCUCGCUUCAUGCUCUGGAAAUGAAGCCAUCCUUAACCUCCUGAAAGACCACCUCGGAGACCCCAGUGCGAAUGGAUUGAUCAUGAAUCAUAAGGCUGGGCGGAACAUGGAAUUUUCUCUAAUCCUGGCCAUAAGACAUGGCAAUAUUGACGCAUGUCAGAAGCUUCUUGAUCUCGGCUGUCCUAUAGAUAUCGAGAUAACGCCUGGGAAGGCAUCUGGGUUGAAACAUCCGGCAACACCUUUGAUGUUUGCAAUCUGUGAGCGAGCAAGUAUUGGUGUUGUCAAAUGGCUGCUCGAUAACAACGCUAAUGUUUCCGCUGUAUCCUGGAACAAGCUCAAAAGAUUUUACUGCACUGGAUUUAGUGCGGCUUUGAGGGAUUCGACGUUCAAUCCUCUCAUUCCGGCUACUGGAAACGCCACUAACGACCAAAUUGUCAGUGAUAUCUACAUCAUGCUCAAUCCCACACUUGAUGAGAUGAACCCGCAAGGCCCACUUCAUAUAGGGGCCGGGCUCAACGAUUUGGCAGCUUUCAAAGCCCUGGUUGCUGCUGGCGCAGAUAUUAAACAGCUAGACUACGAUGGCUCAUCACCGCUCCACAUUGCGGGCGCAGCCAAUGCCUUGUCGGUCGCUGAGUACCUUAUAUCCUCAGGCGCUCGCCUGAAUCCGAUCUCACAUCAUUCCUAUACUCCCACUCUUAAUGCAUGCCUGACUGCCUCAUCCCAAGUCAUCCAACUCCUCUUAAAAAGCGGCGCAAACUGCCAGACCGUAAAUGACUCCGGAGACAACUGUCUGACACUCUUUGUCACUCCUAGACCUAUCAGAAGAGGCCCACCAAAUAUCAACGCGUUCAAGGCAUUACUUGAUGCUGGAAUCGACCUUUUUGCGAGAAACAAAUUCGGCCUCGAUACAGCUCGCUCGAUUUUGAUUUCAAAUACACCAAUUUAUCUUUAUUACAUAUUGAGCCAUUUCCCACGGUUUUUCAACAAUAGAUCACUAUCGUGGGCAGCCAUCGAACUCCCUUGGGGGGCAAGUACGCACAGCUUAUGCGCUUUAUUGCUAUCAAGAAAGCUGCGACUUAUUCGCCCUCUUCUGAACAAUAAGGAAUUUCUCGAUCUCUCCGAUCUCUCAACCCCUGGAAGACAUACAUUCUUUUGCUCAAGUGUAAUAUCUGGCUCCGUUGAAGCUGUACGAAAUUUCCUCAAGUAUGGUGCCAAUAUCCAGCAUGCUUGUCCUGAUCACGGAACGCCCCUCAUCGCCGCAUUGACCUAUCGUCGCUUUGAUAUUGUCAAGAUUCUUUUUCUCAGCGGCGUAGAGGCCUUUACAGAUGGCUUCCUGGCAGCCGGGGUCCCCUUUAUGGAAUGCGAUGAGAAGAUCAAAAGGUGGUUACUGGUAGAACGGCACUAUGAACAGCCUAAGCUUGAAGAGAUGAGAUGGAAUACGAACCAUGUUCCUACAAAAGGAGCUGGGGUUGUUAUUGCUGAAGUUGAGAUGGAAUGGCAUUGGAGGAAAAAUCAUGGUAAUGCCUAG